AUGACCAACCCUAAUAUUUUGGAGCUCCCCCAAGGAGUUCAGCUCGUCUAUCUUGCAGAGGGCGGCGCCAACGUGAUCUACCGCUUCGUUGCAAACCCGCCGAAAUCCUCACUUGUCGUACGAGAUCCCAAAAGAUCGGUUUCUUCAAUUGUACUUGACGAGCAUAGCACCGUGCCUCUGCGGCUUCGAGGGAAACUACUCCGCCUACGGAAAGAAACUGCCGCCGAUAUAUCGUACAAAGAAAUUUAUCGCAAUUUUAAUACGAUUGUGCGCCCGUUAUUUAAAUCAGAUGAAUUGGUGGAUCAAACUCUUAUCCUUCUCCCUCAUGGGCUCAUUCAGCAUUGUAAUGAGCAGCUUCGUGUCGCUGAAACCAGUGGCCAACGACCAAAAAAGCGAGUUGGUGGAUAUCUGUGUCUAGAUGAGCCGUUUGGUUUACUGAUCACGGACAUGACGACGUUCGAUGAACCUGGCACCACGUUGGCUGAACUUAAGCCAAAAUGGCUUACGCAGUCUCCCUCUGCACCUCCUACGGCACAUCGAUGCAGGACAUGUGCACUCAGAGAAAUGAAAAACCACGACGCACGAUCAAUUGGCUUGAAGGAGCAAAGGUCAUUCUGCCCCUUGGACCUCGUAUCUCAGUGCUUCGAAGAUGUUUUGCGUGCUACAACUUUUAUCAAGGGUUGUGGGGAUAAAGCCAGAUUAGCACGCAUUCUACUUCACAAUCCGGUUCUUCCCAGGCUACGGGCCCAACAGACCUCAUGGAGCCAAGUAGGUCUCCUCGGACCGCCUUCACUAUCUCAAAAGGCCUCCCUUGACAUGACUUUACGGGACUGUACAAUGUUUAUAAAGAUUCCACACGAUGAGAAAGCCCCCGUUGAGAUUCGUCUAGGUGAUCUUGACCUAAAGACGGGUGCUGGAGGCAAAUCGAACUAUUGGCGGAAGCUCGAAGUCGAGCUGAUUGAUGGUGGCUGGUAUUCUGGAUUCAACACAAGUCAAGACCCUAGCGAAUGCGCACUCCAACGUCCAAACACCCCAAUUACGCCCGAUAAUCCCCAUUUUCGACUCUCAUAA